UUGAACUUUUCCGUUUCAAUAUUACAACACGGCAAAUUAUUAAAUGAUGUCUUAGAUUCUCCUCGUCACUGUACCAGGAGUAUGCGUUUUUUGGUUUUAAUUCUUUUUAUUUUGAAGAAAGUGAAUGCCAGUGACAUUGGGAACUGCACUGUAGAUGGCAGAGUGGAAUGCUGUUCAAAUUAUUUUCUGAAGGAGGAAAAAUGUUUUGAAUGUCCAGUUGGUACAUAUGGAACAAACUGCACUUCAAGCUGUCCAAGUAAUCGUUUUGGGAGUCAAUGUCUUCAGAUUUGUAACUGUUCUAAAGAUCAGAUUUGUGACGACAAGUAUGGUUGCAGGACUCCAGAAUAUUACAAAGAACUGUACGAUAACUGCACCAGUGGAAUAAGCAACACAACAACAAAAUGCUGUACGAACCAAAGGAUACAGGGGAACAAUUGUCAGGAUUGUUGGAAUGGUACAUUUGGGAGUGAUUGUCAAUAUAAAUGUCCCCCAAACCGCUAUGGAAGAUUCUGUUUGAACAGAUGUAACUGUACAGCUAAUGAGACGUGUCAUUAUGCUACUGGUUGUAAAAUUACUACUGGUAACAUGAAAUGCCCACCAGGCACAUUUGGUAAGAACUGCACAAGAUGUCCUCCUAAUGGUUUUGGAGAUGAAUGUCGGGGAACUUGUGACUGUUCUAAAGAUCAGAUUUGUGACUCCAAAAAUGGUUGCAUGCCUAGGCCUCCGGAAUAUUUCAAAAAACGUUAUGGUAAAAUGGAAAAACUAUAUCUUCCAAUUUCAUCAUCUAGUAUCGUCUUGUAACUACUCGUAUUUCUUUUUAAUUCUCAGAUAGCUUUUGAGAAGUCGGAGUAUAUAACUUAUGUUUCAGCAAUUACGACACGCAUUUUUAAAACAUCACACUAUACACAAAUAAAGAAGGGGAUACACAAAUAAAGAAGGGGAGAAAAUGAAUAUGUCAAAUGGCCAAACCUAACACAUUGAACAAAGACGGAUUCAACAUCAGACAUGAUGCAGAAAGAAUUAAAUUAUAUUUGGUACCCCACUGCAGACCUUUAAUCUUGAGAUAGUCGUGUUAAUGCAUGCACAAAGCAUUUUGAAUUACUACGUAGUAAUUUCAUCAAGAAAAAUAGCAAUCUCGAACUAUUAAAAAAUAUCCCAUGCACAUCUCAGUGGAUUUUGUUUGGAUUAUAUUUAGUAAUAUAAUUUUAUAUU